GCUCAAAUUUAAGAUCUUAUUUAAAAGCUUAAAACCCUCUCAGAAUCUCAUUCUCACAAUCUCUCUCUCACCGCAUCUGUCCGAAAUCCGAAUCGCAAUGUCGACUCGAUUUCUACUCUUUCUUUUCAUCUCAGCGCUUCUGAUCUUCAGUGGCAUCUGCUCUGCAUCUGCAGCUCCUUCCAAGGACUCCUCUAAGAAAGACGAAGAUCUCGACGAAGAUCUUAGUUUCCUCCAGGAAGAUGACGAAAAAAGUCCCAUCGAUAAGCAUUCUGAUUUAGAUCCAGAGUUCCCUAGCUAUGAAGGUGAUGAAGAUUUCGACAAUUUUGACGAUUUUGAUGGAACGUAUUCAGAUCACGAGUCGUAUUCACAACCUGAGGUAGACGAGAAGGAUGUCGUUGUGCUGAAAGAGGGGAACUUCAGUGAGUUCUUGGAGAGUAGUCGGUAUGUGAUGGUUGAAUUCUACGCCCCAUGGUGUGGACACUGCCAAGCUCUUGCUCCGGAAUACGCCGCAGCUGCGACGGAGUUGAAGGGAGUGGCGGCACUCGCCAAGGUGGACGCGACUGAGGAGAAUGAAUUGGCAGAGAAGUAUGAUGUGCAGGGGUUUCCAACGGUGUACUUCUUCAUUGAUGGAGUUCACAAGACAUACCAGGGCCAGAGAACCAAAGAUGCUAUUGUGACUUGGAUUACGAAGAAGACUGGACCUGGUAUUUACAACAUAACCACAGUGGAGGAUGCAGAACAGAUAUUGAAUACUGAAGAUAAACUGGUUUUGGCUUUUCUUGAUUCUCUUGUGGGUCUAGAAAGUAAUGAGCUUUCUGCUGCCUCAAAACUCGAAGAUGAUGUUAACUUCUACCAAACUGCCAGUCCUGAUGUGGCAAAGCUGUUCCACAUUGACCCUAAAGUUAAACGUCCUGUUCUGGUGUUGCUGAAGAAAGAAGCAGAGAAACUAAGCCACUUUGAUGGACAAUUUACCAAAUCUGGGAUCGUUGAGUUCGUGUUUGCUAACAAGCUUCCUUUAGUGACUGUAUUUACUAGGGAAAGUGCUUCUCUGAUUUUUGAGAGUCCAAUUAAGAAACAGCUCUUGCUGUUUGCCACUUCAAAGGGUUCCGAGAAGGUUGUUCCAAUAUUUCAGGAGGCAGCAAAAAUUUUCAAGGGGAAGCUUAUCUUUGUCUAUGUUGAAAUGGACAAUGAAGAUGUUGGGAAACCGGUUUCAGAGUUCUUUGGUGUUACUGGAGAUGGUCCACAUGUUCUUGCAUACACAGGAAAUGAUGAUGCUAAGAAGUAUGUAUUUGAUGGUGAAGUGACCUUAGACCGUAUUAAGGCAUUUGGGGAGGAUUUCCUGGAAGACAAGCUUAAGCCUUUCUAUAAGUCAGAUCCAAUUCCUGAGACCAACGAUGGAGAUGUGAAGAUAGUAGUCGGAAAUAACUUUGAUGAGAUUGUGUUGGAUGAGUCAAAGGAUGUUCUGCUUGAGCUCUAUGCACCAUGGUGUGGGCACUGCCAAUCACUGGAGCCCAUUUACAACAAACUUGCCAAGCAUCUGCGGAGCAUUGAUUCUCUUGUCAUUGCCAAGAUGGAUGGAACCACCAAUGAGCACCCAAGGGCAAAGGCUGAUGGGUUCCCCACACUUCUCUUUUUCCCUGCGGGAAAUAAGAGUUUUGAUCCGAUUACCGUUGACUCUGAUAGGACAGUGGUGGCAUUCUAUAAAUUCAUCAAGAAGCAUGCAUCAAUUCCUUUCAAGCUCCAGAAACCAGCUGACACUCCAAAAUCCGAUAGUGCUGAUGCUAGUGAAAGCGGGAAGAGCAGCUCUAAUGACAUGAAGGAUGAAUUGUAAUUCAAUGGGGUUACACUUACUUAAGUUAUCAGGUUUGAUAGGCAGGGAAAAGUUUCGUGUAUCAAGUUUUGACAGCCAUGUUUCUCCCUUGAGAAAAUGUAGUAAAAGUUCCUAUUUUAGAUUUUCUUUUUUCUUCUUCUGAUUAGUAUGUUACUAAGUUGUUUUAUCUUGAUAUGGUAG